UCCGACGCUUACAAAAGCGUCAUACUGCCCCUGCAUCUUCAGGGCCAAGACAUUGUACCUCUCAGCCCUUCCCGCCGACUGCCGCUGCAUUGCACCUUAGGAAACUUGAUUGGGACCGGAAGACAGCUGACGUUUCCAUCCUCUUCGACGACCGACUUGCACCACCCGGAGCUCACGGAAGCUGGCUCUUCCGAGUAGAUUUCAAUAGCAACGUUACAUCGUCAUACUUGGAGGCUCCUCACCCUCUUGUACCGUCCGUGUCUUGCCUCUCCCAACUGCCGCAACCAUGCCGGAUCCGCUCCAUGAGGCACUCGAGUGCCUACGACCGAAGGACUUCUCAGACGUCCCCCUUGACCAACUCGAGGGCUUCUUGCACGAAACGUUCGGAAAGGCUGAGCUGAUUGUCAACUCGGUCCCACAGCCGCCAGGCGGCACCGAUUUCCAAGCCGCGACACGAACCCGCAAGGACGUCAACGGUGCACACAAUGCCUCUGAAAUAACGGCCGCCGAAGCUCGCGGGCCACCCUUGGACCCUUCAUUUGAGGAGCUCCACAAGGCGUGGGGGAAGCCGGUGAAGCUAGGUGCAAAGGAGAACCAGAUGGGCAUAUCGGUGUGGAAGAUGGCAGGCGCUGAUAGGCACGGAGCAUGGUUUGCUCGUCGGAGCGUCCACGAAGGCAUGGGUUUUGCAAAGUGGAAGAAAGCUAUGCAGCGCGAGUUUGCCGAGAGUCUGGCCACCCAGGGCGGGCCGGGCGAGGGAGCAAUCAGAGGUAUUGGAGGAGACAGGAGACUUGAGGAAAGCGUGGUAGAGGGAGUUGGCAAGAUGGAAGUGCUCCAGCUUGCCGCGCAGUUCCCCGGCCCCACAGCACCACGCGAAUUCAUCACCCUGCUUUUGACAUCGGACAAUGCCUUGACCAAGAAAUCCAUCCCUCAGGUCGAACACAAGUCCGCUGACCGAGUGCCACGGCAUUACAUCGUCGUCUCCAUUCCUUGUCAGCAUCCCGAUGCGCCGCCGCGAGAUGGGCUCGUGCUGGGCCACUAUGAAUCCGUGGAGAUGAUCCGCGAAAUUCCUCUAACGCCCGACGACGAUCCAGAGACAAAUCCGGUUGAAUGGAUAAUGAUUACGCGGAGUGACCCAGGUGGUGGCAUCCCACGCUUCUUGGUGGACCGUGGCACGCCUGGCAGUAUUGCCGGUGACACAGUCAAGUUCCUUAACUGGGCAUGCGCCCUGGACGAUAUUCCAGAUCCAGAUGUGGACAAGGAACAGCAGAACCAGGUCACCAAGCUACCUGGAGAAGAGAAGGGCCUAGGCAGGAGCCUCUCAGAUGAUCAUUCGUUGACAGAAGCCUACGAGCCUCAGCAGCCCAGCCAAGAUCCAGGCGCUGGAAUGAUGUCUACGAUAGCGAGUGGAAUUGCUGCCUACGCGCCGAACUCGGUCCAGCACUACCUCCAGCAGUCAUCACAGUCGACAACACCUUCGCCUCAGUCCGACAGUGCAAGUGAGACUUCGAGCAUCGACAGCUUCGCUUCAGCAGAGCAAUACACCACUGCCGCUGAUGGCGCCAACGCGAAUGCGGCAGCUGUUGCUCACCACAAGGUUCCCUCGAGCGAGAGUCUGGUUAGUACGUCAUCUAAAUCGAACCAAAACAACCAAUCACGAUACGAAAAGGAGAUGCAGAAGCUCGAGGCGAAGCGCCUUGCGCUUGACGAAAAGUUACGCAAGUCCAGGGAGAAGGAACAAUCGCGAUCGCAGCAGCUAACGGAGAAAGAAGAGCGCGAGAAGCGCAAAGCCGAGGAAAAGUACGAGAAGGAAAUGGCCAAGCUGCAAGCGAAGCGCGAGAAGGAGGCUCAAAAGCUCGAGCAGAAGCGGCAGAAGGAUGCCGAGAAGAACGACAAGACGCGACUGGUGCGCGAGCGCGACGAGUGGAAGGAGAAAGCCGACAUGAUGGAGCAUGAGAACCGGCUGCUGAAGGAGCAGAUUCGCGAACUGCAGCACGAGAACACGCUCCUGGUGCAGAAGGUCGGGAAGACGGACGUGGGCCAGCAUGCGCUGCGCCAGGUGAGCGACGAGCUGGGGCGCGAGCGGAGCCUGAGUAAUGCUAGCAGCCGGAAGAGCAGGAAGAGCGGCUCUGGCUGA